UGGCUGGAAGUGUGGGCGGGCGUAAUCUUCGUGACACGGGUGGGGGCGUGCACUGUUGGGUCCGACAGGAACUACAGAAAGAUGGCUGCAAUCAGAAAGAAACUAGUAAUAGUUGGUGAUGGAGCCUGUGGCAAGACCUGUCUCCUCAUAGUAUUCAGCAAGGAUCAGUUCCCUGAGGUCUAUGUGCCUACGGUGUUUGAAAACUAUGUGGCAGAUAUUGAAGUGGAUGGUAAACAGGUGGAGUUGGCUCUGUGGGACACAGCAGGUCAGGAGGAUUAUGACCGACUGAGGCCUCUCUCAUAUCCAGACACGGAUGUCAUUCUCAUGUGUUUCUCCAUUGACAGCCCUGACAGCUUAGAGAAUAUUCCAGAGAAGUGGACUCCUGAGGUCAAGCACUUCUGUCCCAAUGUGCCCAUUAUUCUUGUGGGAAACAAGAAAGACUUGAGAAAUGAUGAGCACACACGCCGAGAAUUAUCCAAAAUGAAACAGGAACCAGUGAAGUCAGAUGAAGCAAAGGAGAUGGCUAACCGGAUCAAUGCCUUUGGUUACUUGGAGUGCUCAGCCAAGACAAAGGACGGUGUAAGGGAGGUGUUUGAGAUGGCCACCAGGGCAGCACUGCAGGCCAAGAGAAGAGGCAAGAAGAGUGGUUGCCUCCUGCUAUAGAGCGUCUAGUCACACAGGUUAGGGAGUUAAAGGGGAAACCAACCUGUCCAACUCAAACAUUUCUAUUGUGUCUGCUUUGUCAUGAUGGCAGGCAGAAUUCAAUAGGGCCUUUUUUGGGAUGAAGGAGAGAAGUCAAGCCAGGCCAAAAGGAAAAAAAAGAAGAAAAAAACAACAACAGAAAAGGGGAGUAUGUACAUUAAUGUUCACGGCUAUAACUUUUAGCUGUCAAAUGAAAAUGCUUUAAUCUUGUAUUUCAGCACUGAUUAGACCUGACAUUAGGCAAACACAGAAAGAAGGGUACAUCUCUCUGUCAUACUUGUUCAAGUGUGGUUGGCUUUGGUCUUUAAAUAAGAUUUCCAUUUGUCUAAGUUGAAUAUGAUGGUCCCCUUCAUCCUAAACCAUAGCUCUAUGAUUUGUGGUUGAAACCAGCUCCAGAACAAGUCAUAGGUGUUCAGUACACCCACCGAUGAAUGCCUACUUAACUGCUGGAAGGCAUUCAGUGUAACUGUGCUCGUCUUUUACUUUAUAUCCUACUGUUUUGUAAUUUUUUCAACUUGCCCUUAUAUCCCAGAAGAGACCAACUUCAAAUCACACGGACCUGCUUUUGUUUUUUUAUGAACAUAUAGUAUUUGAUCCAGAGUCAGAUUAUUUGUUUUUUAAGACACAUGCAUGAUGGUGAUGAGACCAACUUGAGGCCAAUUCAUGCUUACUGCAUCCAUUUACGCAUAUAUGUCAUCAGUCACAAGUCCAUCAGUAGUCUAAAUUUUUUGACCGCACGGACAGUCCACACUACAAGCAUGUCGACUGCGCAUGUGCUAAGAAAACAAGCAGUGCUUAAAAUACAGUGGGUACGGAAAGUAUUCAGACCCCUUUAAAUUUUUCACUCUUUGUUUCAUUGCAGCCAUUUGCUAAAAUCAAAAAAGUUCAUUUUAUUUCUCAUUAAUGUACACUCAGCACCCUAUCUUGACAGAAAAAAACAGAAAUGUAGAAAUUUUUGCAAAUUUAUUAAAAAAGAAAAACUGAAAUAUCACACGGUCAUAAGUAUUCAGACCCUUUGCUCAGUAUUGAGUAGAAGCACCCUUUUGAGCUAGUACAGCCAUGAGUCUUCUUGGGAAUGAUGCAACAAGUUUUUCACACCUGGAUUUGGGGAUCCUCUGCCAUUCUUCCUUGCAGAUCCUCUCCAGUUCUGUCAGGUUGGAUGGUGAACGUUGGUGGACAGCCAUUUUCAGAUCUCUCCAGAGAUGCUCAAUUGGGUUUAGGUCAGGGCUCUGGCUGGGCCAGUCAAGAAUGGUCACAGAGUUGUUCUGAAGCCACUCCUUUGUUAUUUUAGCUGUGUGCUUAGGGUCAUUGUCUUGUUGGAAGGUGAACCUUUGGCCCAGUCUGAGGUCCAGAGCACUCUGGAAGAGGUUUUCUUCCAGGAUAUCUCUGUACUUGACCGCAUUCAUCUUUCCUUCAAUUGCAACCAGUCGUCCUGUCCCUGCAGCUGAAAAACACCCCCAUAGCAUGAUGCUGCCACCACCAUGUUUCACUGUUGGGAUGGUAUUGGGCAGGUGAUGAGCAGUGCCUGGUUUUCUCCACACAUACUGCUUAGAAUUAACGCCAAAAAGUUCAGUCUUGGUCUCAUCAGACCAGAGAAUCUUAUUUCUCAUAAUCUGGGAGUCCUUCAUGUGUUUUUUGGCAAACUCUAUGCGGGCUUUCAUAUGUCUUGCACUGAGGAGAGGCUUCCAUCGGGCCACUCUGCCAUAAAGGCCUGACUGGUGGAGGGCUGCAGUGAUAGUUGACUUUGUGGAACUUUCUCCCAUCUCCCUGCUGCAUCUCUGGAGCUCAGCCACGGUGAUCUUUGGGUUCUUCUUUACCUCUCUCACCAAGGCUCUUUCCCACGAUUGCUCAGUUUGGCUGGACGGCCAGGUCUAGGAAGAGUUCUGGUCGUCCCAAACUUCUUCCAUUUAAGGAUUAUGGAGGCCACUGUGCUCUUAGGAACCUUGAGUGCUGCAGAAAUUCUUUUGUAACCUUGGCCAGAUCUGUGCCUUGCCACAAUUCUGUCUCUGAGCUCCUUGGGCAGUUCCUUCGACCUCAUGAUUCUCAUUUGCUCUGACAUGCACUGUGAGCUGUAAGGUCUUAUAUAGACAGGUGUGUGCCUUUCCUAAUCAAGUCCAAUCAGUUUAAUUAAACACAGCUGGACUCCAAUGAAGAAGUAGAACCAUCUCAAGGAGGAUCAGAAGAAAUGGACCGCAGAUGAGUUAAAUAUGAGUGUCACAGUAAAGGGUCUGAAUACUUAUGACCGUGUGAUAUUUCAGUUUUUCUUUUUUAAUAAAUUUGCAAAAAUUUCUACAUUUCUGUUUCUUUCUGUCAAGAUAGGGUGCUGAGUGUACAUUAAUGAGAAAUAAAAUGAACUUUUUUGAUUUUAGCAAAUGGCUGCAAUGAAACAAAGAGUGAAAACUUUAAAGGGGUCUGAAUACUUUCCGUACCCACUGUAAAUGCUUGGUAUAAGAAGAGACUGUACAAGGAGAUUUUCUGUCAUCCACGCCAAUUUAUUGUUAAAAGAAUUUUAAUUAGUCAUCGGACUUUGGAGGAGCUUUGUUUGUACAUGCUUUUAUUGAUGGAGCCCAAACACGGUAUUAAGUGCUCCAUUUUUGGGGGGGACCAAAAAAUCCUAUGCUGCGUUGACACACUGUGCCUGGCACACUUCAGAAAUAAUCACUGAUAGGGUGCUACAGUGUCAGCUGCUGUUUUCUUGUGCUUUUCUACGUUCAAUAUGAGGGGAAAUGCAACCAGCUGCGUAGCAGACCGGCAUGGUUCUGUUGAAAUAUGAACAGAGCUGCAUCUGCGUCCUAUUGGCCUAUGAACACGAAUGUGGAAAGUGUUUUAUAGAACUUCAAGUUAUUUGACCUGAACUUACCUUUCAAGCCAGAAAACUAUGUGAUUUAAUUGAUGUGGACAGUAACACACUGUACUGAGUUGGCUAUUCAAAGAGGUACCAAAAGUGUAUUAUCCUCUAGACAGUUCUCAGAUAGUAGCAGAGCCCUAAUUUAUCUCUCAACACAGAGGUUUUGAUCUUUCCAUCAAGCAGAGUUAUAUUAGAUACGAGACAAGCAAGUGUAUUCCAUCACUUGCCCUUAUGCUUUGAGGUAUAAUACACAUUUUCACAGCAUAAAUACAGGACAGGUCAUGUCAGAUUUUCUCUUUUCCAUUUCAGACACUUUUCCUCAAUCACUUAGAUUUUGGUAUUAUUUUAUCAUUACCAUCAUUGAAUAAAACACCUAAGACACCUGCUCCGUUAAUCUGAUGGCAAGUUUAAAAGUCAGUUUCAUGUCUGGCAACGUUUCUGUAAAAGUUACUGUCCGACCUGGCAACAAUUCUGUGUCACUUUCAACACAGUACAUGCCUGAACUUAACCAUCACAUUAACAGACAGACACGCACAAACAUGGGUACUUCAAAUUGCGUGAAGGGAUUUAGAGAAGAAUUUCUCCACAUUUCAGCUCCAAUAUUAGUCGAAAAACAUCAUAUGCUUAAUACACAGUUGGUGUGCCAAAUUCACAACACACCUUUCCUCUCACUCAUUUUGCUCUACAAUUUCAAAUCUGGAGCUACAGAAUUAAUUGUCCAUUAAAGUACUAUUUUAUUGCAAUGAAAACAGACAACAGAUCAAACGUUAAUGAUGAGUCACCAAUGAUGAAUGUAAUCCAUUUUUUUUCCCUCUAACAAGAUGUUAACAGGAACUAAAGUUUGUUGCUUUCAGCAGUUUAGAAGUAUUCUCUCUGAAGAUUUUAAAUACUUGCAGCAUCAGGCAGCAGUAGGAUCCAUAUGUAUAUUCAAAGAGAGCAAGAGAUGCACACAUUUGCACAAGGUGAACAGCAGCGCUGGUAACUUCAGUUUAUUCAUACAAUAUCAAAAAAUUAUCCCAGAGAGAGCAUGGAGACCAUCUGGAUGAUCAGAUCCAGUCCAAGAUCUGAUGGCAAAUCACACUGUAGGCCUAUGUGUUUUCACAUCAGACAGAUGUGUCGCACACAGAAUCGCAGUUUCCAGCUGUUUAGGACUAUUUUUAUUUAUUGCAUACCUGGAGUAUGAGACAGCGGUAGAAUCAACAUGUAUCUCCAAAGAGAGUGCCGCACACAUUUACACAUGGAGCAACAGCAGUACUUUCAUUCAUUAGUUUUAAAUAUAAAUUAUUUAUGUCAUAGAAAAGGAUCAGUCAGUAUCAGUACUUUUCUUCACCUCAGACAGGUGAACUGCUAAACAAUGAAUCAAAGAUUAUCAGCUGCGGUUAAAAUUUUUGUCAAGUGCAGCAGUCCUCAGGUUAAGUCCUUAGCUUCAGUUUUAAAUGUCAUCGGGCUGAUAUUUAUUUGAACACUUGGGUAAACUGUUAUUAGUUUAGAUUUAACCUGUUAUUGUAUUAUUAUGCAUUAUACAUCACGUGGUCUAAUCUUACAUGAAUGACUAAUUUUGCACACGUACCACAUCUCUCUUCGGCACUUUGGGAGGUAUCUCUGCAUGAAAACAUAACCUAUGAAUAAAGGACCAGAAUGCUGUGACUUUAACGGACUGAUGAAGCCAGCAAUGUUCCAUGUCCCAUAUCUGAAGAGGGUUGUAUUUCUCCAUUAAAAAAAAUCUUCCACCAGCAGUAAGCAAAAAACACUAGAAUGUCCUACUACACUCUUUGAGAGUGCAGAAACAGGUAAUUUUACUCUGCAGACUGCAACAAAAUCUGAGCCAGAUGGUCACAGCUUAAGGUGCAAUUUUAUGACUAAGUACGAUGUCCCAGUUGUAUGAUACUGCAUAAAACAGUAUGUACUUUGUAAAGGAAGCUUUAGUAUGUACUGAAAGGAAAAAGGAAAAGUAUAUGAUUUGGAGUACAGGGUUGGUAACCUGACAGCCAUCAAAACAAGCAAAGAAGUGACUAGAAACAACUGGUGAAGGAAAACGGAAUCUCUGUUCAAGAAAUAUGUUUGUGCUGUACUAAUGAAACAAAUACUGUGGAAAUGUACACUAUUCAAAAUUUUAGAGUGCGAGAUGUACAUUUGUAGACUCUCCCAUUAUUUAAAUGUAAACUUUUAUUUGAACAUUUACAGCAUACCUGUAUGUAUGUUUUAUCUCCUCUCACAGGACACCUGUUGUUUUUCUGCUUUGCAUUCUGUGUGUUAUUUUACUGUUAUGUGAUAGUCUACUGACUAACCUCAAAUUAUUUUAUUUGCACACAACAUGAAGAUCAGUGUGGUAUACGCUUUGAAAACAUAUGAUUCAAAAUGUAACUGGUAUUGGUCAAUUGUUCACAAAUAUAUCCUCAUAUUCCUCCAGCUGUCUUUUUUUAAUGUUUUAAUGUAAUGCCUAAUGGAAAUAAACUUAACAGAAUGAUUGAAUUUUA